AUGAAGAAGACCGCUGUUAAUUAUGAACGUACUCACUCGUUGGCGGAUGACGAUGAAGAUGGUCGCGAGAUAAUAUUAGAACGUGAUCCAUUUCGGCGCCCUAAGUCCCACCGUAUCACUGUGCUUUCGGGACAAAAUGGUUUGGAAGAGAAACCGUCUAAAAGUGAUGUUGAUUUACCUAAAAAUAAUAGACGUAGUUGGGAAAGAGAAGAAGAAGUGCUUCUGAACAAUGAAUCAUCCUUGGAUGAUGAAGAUGCUGCCAGAAAACUACGAAAAUGGAGCAAAAGUAAAAUAGAUUUAUUAAUGCCCAGUUUACGGUCCCUGGUCACUUUGGCCAGGGGCAAGUCAUCCUCAUCUUCAUCAUUAAAUCAACCAGGUUCAGCAGAAAGUUGGUCACAUUUAGAAUGUAUACGAAAUGAUGAACCAAUUCGUAAAUACAAUACUAUGGUAACAUUAUCUAAUGUAGUACUAAAUCGGCCUGCUGGAAUUAAACCAAUAAAUCGAUUACGAGAUACUGCUGUUUGUUCAAGAUGUAGUAGUGUUUUGUCUUUGGCUGCAUCUUCAUCUAGAUAUUCAUUAGGAUCAACAUCAAGUUUUGUAACACACCGAGAUCAACCUAUUGUACUUUGUAAAGUAUGUUUAAAUGAAGUUCCUGUAAAAAAUUCUUGGACGCUUCAACAAUGUGGCUGCUCCUAUUGUAUUGAAUGUGUGAAAGCAUAUGUGGAAUUUGAAAUCAACCAAGGUGCAUACAAUAUAUCUUGUCCAGAUGCUCAAUGUCCGAAGCUGGGCAUAAUCCAGUUAGAAGAAAUAGAAGCAUUGGUCAGCAUUGAUGAAAUUGAAAAACAUCAAAGAUACAGGCUUAAUAAGGAAGUGGAACUGGAUAAAAGUCGUAUGUGGUGUCCAAAACCAGGAUGUGAAACUGUUUGCGAUGUUGGUGAUCGCUCUCGACCACAUAGUGUAAUAUGCCCUACCUGUCAAACCGAAUUUUGUUCUGGAUGUCGAGCAACAUGGCAUCCUGGAAAACCAUGCCCUCCUCCAACUACUAAUGACAUGCCUACAUUUGAUUCAGAUUUAAUUAAAUGUUGUCCCAUGUGUAGUGUACCCAUUGAAAAGGACGAAGGCUGUGCUCAAAUGUUAUGUAAAAGAUGUAAACAUGUCUUUUGUUGGUAUUGUCUUGCUUCUUUAGAUGAUGAUUUUCUUUUAAGACAUUAUGACAAAGGUCCUUGUAAAAAUAAAUUGGGUCAUUCGAGAGCUUCCGUGAUAUGGCAUCGUACCCAAGUGAUUGGUAUAUUUGCGGGUUUUGGUAUACUGCUACUUGUUGCUAGUCCAUUGUUAUUACUAGCUGCUCCAUGUAUAGUUUGUUGUAAAUGUCGGGUAUGCACUAGUGGAUCAAAAUUAGAUGAUCCUGAUGAUGAUAUAAUGGAUGAACCAAAUUGA